AUGUGGGUCACCAAGAGUUUGGAAUUCGUUUUCAGGCAUUUCGUGGCCCCUGUCGUAUAUCCUGGAAGAGUUCUGCAAGCAGCUCCAGUUCAAUAUCCAGCACAAAUGUACCAUCCAGCACAGCCUGCUUACCCAGUACCUCAACCGUCAAUGCCACAUCCACAUCCAAAUCCACAACCACAACCACAACCAGGUUACUAUCCACCCUAUCUGCAACCAGACAUACCCCCAGCACAGCCGGAACAACCUCCAGUAACUUACCCAACGACUGAUGGUUCUAUCUCAACACGUGAACCACCCACCACAACCACUCAACCAAGGCUUUAUGACCAGCAGCCUUCAAUCGCCUAUCCUGGAGAAUUCUGCCGAAUUCCUGACAUAGUCUGCGUGGGAGGCAGUGUUUGCGAAAAUAAUGUAUGCGUAUGUCGCCGUGGUGAAGAGCCCGUCAACGGACAGUGCCAGAAGAUUGAGGUUCCUUUGGUGCCAGAGAGCUCCACGACUCCAACCGUUUCUCCAACAACAAUCGGCUCCAGCACCACCACAACUACUGUCCCCACAUCUCUUGCAGAUGAGCCAACUACUACUACUGUUCAACCCACCACCACUACAGCCACCACCACAACAUCUACCGUUGCUCCGACCACCGUUGAUAUUCCUACUGUUGUGACACCUAUGACAACAUCAUCAACGACUACGGAGACUACUAGCACCGUAGGGUCGACUACCACGACUCAGUACAUUGGGCGGCAGCCAGAGAACAUCUUAGCAACUCCAUCUCGUUGCGCUAAUUGUUGUCCUCCUGGAGUUCACAACUGCCCACCGCCAGUGAUCCGAGUCAACCUCUCGAUAAUGACAGCUGAUUCACGGGAUUCCUCAUUCACAUGGUCUGAUGAUGAAUACUCAAUAAGUGAGGAUGACGCCUAUGUAUACUGCCGAGUGAAAAACACUCCGACCAAAUUAAUCAUCACUGAAAAAGCUGAAUCUCCGAAAGCCACUCUAGAAUCAUGGAGAUCUUGCAGAGAUUCGGGAUUUGUUGAUCACGUGCAGCUCCUUAAUCGUACCCAAUCGGCAAAUUUCGAAGACCACACCUACUAUAACCUAUUACCUUUCCAAGAACAGAAAGAAGAUCACGAUUAUACAUAUCCUGCAUUAGCUACGGAGAGUGCACAAGAUAUCAAAAUCCGAAGGCCUGAAGAAGUCAUGAACUUGAGGCGAUUGAAAAGGAAACUUCGACGAUUCGACAGUCACAACCUGAGCACACUUUCUGUGAGAACAGUCGUCAAUGGAGCUCGCCCCUAUCGCGGUUGCCAAGAAGGCCAUGCAACGCCCCAUCUGCCAGCAACCUUCAAGAAAACAAUUUCCCACAGAAGACCCUGUGUGGAGUGUAGAGAAGAAGAGUUACGGGAUAUCGAAAAAUCAAACGGACUGAGGACUGAAUUCGAGAGCCUUCGUAAGAUGAAAGAUAAUGAAGCGAUCGAAUUAUAUGGCCGUCUCAUCAUUGUCGCUAUUGAAGAAUUGCAAGCUGAACCCGACGGAAAGGAACGAACUGCAGCUUUUCAGAGGAAAAUUGAGAAAAUUCUGAGGCUGCGAACAGGGCUCGAUCUGUCGAAACCCAAUGAAGACUUCAAGAAGAAUGCACAGAUAUUCGAAACACUAAUUGAACGUCGUCUACGAGCAAUCAACGACAUUUCUCCAUCCAGUUGCCAGAAACUGGCCGAUAAACUCUGUCUUACACAAAGUGCUGCCAGAAGGCAGAAGAGCAGUGCCGUUCGUUUAGGUUCUAUUAGAAGAGGAAUACGAAAAUUUCUUGGAUUUUUCUGA